UAAGAAGCCGACAGAGCUCAUUUCAGAAUCAAUUCCAGAUUUACCAUGGAAAGAAAAAAGUGUGUGUGUGUGUGUGUGUGUGUGUGUGUGUGUGUGAGAGAGAGAGAGAGAGAGAGAGUGAACGAGAGACAGAGGGAGGGGUUCUGGUUCAUAUAAGGCACGCCUCCUCCCCGUGUCCCCUCCCAUCGCCCGACGUCAGGAGUGUUUCUCGCUCGUUUGCAUAUUCAGCAUGCUCGCACCGGCCAUAUGGGAAAAUGCAACUGCAGGAAUUGUUGUGAAAAAAGGGGGACAGCGAGUUUGAACUCAAAGUUGUUUAAGAGCGUCUGAACAGGAUAAAACACACACACACACACACACGAGGAGAAGAGCAGCAUGUAUUGUGCGUACACAAUCCCGGGGGUGAGCGGCGGUUCGCUCAUGUACUACUAUAACGGAAAAGCGGUAUACGCCCCGUCUGCAAGCACUGCCGAUUAUAACCGUGAUUCACCCGGUUACCCCUCAUCAAAAGCACCGGGCAGCAGCUUUCACAGUUCUUUAUUCAUGCCAGACGGUCAUCAUAGUGCAGAUCCAUGGAGCUCGUCCGGCAGUAUGAAUCAGCCCGGAUACAACAGCAUGCUGGGAAACUCCACGCACAGUGCUCAGAACAGCAGUUACUGCGGCAUUCACCCGCACGACAGACUCAGUUACCCGUCUCAUUCGUCAGCUGAGAUUAACCCCAGUCUUCCCCCCAUGUCCAGUUUCCAUCGCAGCGGCGGGACGAAUCACUACAGCGCGGCGUCCUGCUCAGCCACGACUAAUGGAACGGACAGCGUCAUGGCAAAUCGUGCACCGAGUGGAGCAGGAAGCAGUUCGCAGACAGGAGACGCAUUAGGAAAGGCCCUGGCUUCAAUCUAUUCCCCCGACCACACCAAUAACAGCUUCUCAUCAAACCCCUCCACCCCUGUGGGAUCGCCCCCCUCACUCACAGCUGCUAGUUCGGCCGUUUGGUCGAGAAACGGUCAGGGAGCGUCAUCCCCGAGUUACGAGCCGCCGCUGCACUCGCUGCAGAGCCGUAUCGAGGACAGGUUGGAGCGAUUGGAUGACGCGAUUCACGUGUUGCGCAGUCAUGCCGUCGGCCCGUCCACAGCGAUGCCCGGCGCUCAUGCGGACAUGCACGGACUGAUGAAUCCCUCGCACUCUCAUAACGGGGCGAUGAGUGGCCUGAGCAGCGGGUACAGCUCAGCACUGCUGCCUGGCAACAGACAUUCGCUCAUGGUGGGAGCUCAUCGUGAGGAUGGUGUUGGUUUGAGGAGCGGUCAUUCUAUCGUGGCCAAUCAGGUUCCAGGACCGCAGCUUCCCGUGCAGUCGUCCGCAUCCCCCGACCUCAGCCAUUCCGACCCUUACAGGGCUCUCUCGGCCGGUCUUCGGGGUCAGAGUGCCUCAUCCGUGAGUUCGGAGAUUAAAUCGGAAGAUGAAGGCGAUGAGAAUCUGCACGACAGUAAAUCUCUGGACGCAAAGAAAGAGGAUUUGGACAGCAAGGAUCUGAAAUCUAUAGAGAGGUCAAGAUCUAGUAACAACGAUGACGAGGAUUUGACCCCGGAACAGAAGCUGGAGCGUGAGAAAGAGCGGCGGAUGGCGAAUAACGCCCGCGAGCGUCUGCGUGUCCGGGACAUCAACGAGGCGUUUAAGGAGCUCGGCCGCAUGGUGCAACUGCACCUCAAGAGUGACAAACCGCAGACCAAACUGCUCAUACUGCACCAGGCCGUCGCUGUGAUCCUGAGUCUGGAGCAACAGGUCAGAGAGCGGAACCUCAAUCCAAAAGCGGCGUGUUUGAAGAGGCGAGAAGAGGAGAAGGUGUCGUCGGACGGCGCUCCGCUCUCAUUGGCCGGUGCCCACCACGGCUUGGGCGAGUCAUCCAAUCCCAUGGGACAAAUGUAAACAGCCACCCCUCCCCCGUAAAUGGUCAAAGCUGCCAGAAUUCAUCAAAAUGAUGAGCGAUCACUUCCUUUGACAACAUCAUCUGCGCCCCUGAACGUCAGUCAAACAAUCAACGAAUCAAAUCAAACCUCCACCUGAACGACCAACCCCCCCGCCCCCCCCCCACACGUGUUCCACUUCCCGCGUUACGCCAACCUGGACGGAUUUACUGUAAAUUACGGAGAAUCACGCGGUACCCGGCGUGCAUCUCUUCCUCCGAGCAUUCCCCGUUCAAAAACAAGACGUUUUAACGACCGUACGAAAAGAUUCGCAAUGCGCCGACGGAAGGGGAGGAUCCUUCAAACAUAUCAUGAUGUUGUUGCAGCAGCUUUUGGAGGUGUCGCGAGCAGCUCUCUGAGUUUAAUGGCAAUCUCGUUCACACUGUGGAACUUUUGCAACUGUGCCUCAUGGAAGUCAAAGCGGAAGAAUAGAUUUAUGAAACUCUGAAUCAGUCCAUGUAGAGAUCGGAUCGAGAGAGAGACAGUGAGACAGAGAGAGAGAGAGAGAGAGAGGCGGGAUUUGGGAUUUUAAUCAACAACAGUAUUCAAAAAAUAUUCAGACCUUUGCAAUAAUGAUGUUAUUGUUGUGUACUUAGCAACCGAAAAUGUGGUUUUGAAGAGUCAAAUCUGUUGUAUAAACCAGCAGCUAAUGAAAAUUUCGAGGCCGCUCCUUCGCCAGGGUCGAUCAGGUCUGGGCUCAUUUUCCGAAAACCUCCCCAAGGUCACUUUAUAGGUUAAGAGCAAUCACGCCGUGCUUUAAGUAAGCCACCACGCCACAUAUAGCAGAAGAUAACGGUUGGAAGCGCCGCCAGCUCAUUCCAUGUUUAAUUUAUUCGUUUUCUGCCCUACUCUAGCCAUCUGCUCUACCCCUUCCGCACCCCGACGAUGCAAUUUUAACAUAACUACACUUCAACCAAUGUGCCUUUUAGAGCUCAUAUCAUCACGCAAACCGAGGAGAACAUUAUCAGAACUUUCUAGGAUGCAAGCUUAGGAAUAUGUUAGUCGUUAGGGUCUAUGCAGUCGGGCUUUUGACGGCCUGGAAUUUAAAAAAAAAAAGAAAAGUAAAAAGGUAAAAAAAGUAUUUUUUUGGAUAAACUGUAUUUAAUGUACUGUAUGCCUAUAUGUAAUUAGAAGGUGUGUCCAGCCCCUCGUGGCCCCGCCCACAGCCCCGCCCACCUGUCGACGUUACGACGCGUUAUUGAGCUUUGUAUUAUAGCUAUCGGCUUUUCUGAACACUGGCUUGCUGUUGAGCCGCUGUAGUCCUCAGUACAAAUGUGUGGUUAUACGUGUAAAAAAAAAUGGCUCUUUUUUAUCUCUUAUUCUUUGUCUGUACUGGUUUCUCUGUCGCAAAAAAAAAAAACCAAGGAAAAGAUUUUAAAAUAAAAUAACGAACGAGUCCGCGCGCAUCCAUCCGAGGAGCGGCAGGGGUCUUAUCGACGCAAUCGAGGCACUGAAACUGGACAGCAAAAAAAAAGUCUAUUAGUAAAUCGACAUAUAUUUAAAUGUAGAAAUAUAUACAGUAUAUAAAGAGAGGUGUCGAUUGCAUCCGAUCGAAAGUCCGCGAGGAUGAUUCUUCUUUCCGUAAAGCUUGAGCGGAGACGUUCCAAGAGACGUGACUCUGUCGCAAAUUCGUCGCGGUUGCGCCGACGCCGCCGCCGCCGCCGCCGCCGCGGGACCGACGUGUCAUCCAGAGAAACACGGACAUUUGGAAACUGUACGCAACAAACGCAAACUUACCGUUAUUUUGAAAUUGUGUAUGUAAAAGUUAUAUUUUUACAUGUAGGCUGUUGUUAUUUUGUGUUUAGAAAAAAAAAAACAUUGUAUCCUGUUUUUUUGU